AUGCCAUUUGGCUGUUUAACAAUCGGAGAAAAGAAGGAUUAUAAUAAUCCUUCAGACGUGACAGAUAAAUAUGACUUGGGUCAGAUUGUUAAAUCGGAGGAGUUCUGUGAGAUAUUCAGGGCUAAGGACAAAACUACAAUGAAAAUGUACACAUGUAAAAAGUUCCUGAAAAAGGAUGGAAGGAAAGUCCGCAAGGCUGCGAAAAAUGAGAUCCUCAUCUUAAAGAUGGUGAAGCAUCCCAAUAUUCUCCAACUAGUGGAUGUCUUCGAGACCAAGAAAGAGUACUUCCUCUUCCUUGAACUUGCAACAGGCAGAGAGGUAUUUGACUGGAUCUUGGACCAAGGCUACUACUCAGAGCGAGACACCAGCAACGUGGUGCGCCAGGUGUUGGAGGCUGUCGCCUACCUCCACUCCCUGCAUAUCGUUCACAGAAACCUCAAGUUGGAGAACUUGGUUUAUUACAACCGCCUGAAGCACUCUAAAAUAGUCAUCAGCGAUUUCCAUCUUGCCAAGCUGGAGAACGGACUAAUCAAAGACCCCUGUGGGACACCAGAGUACCUGGCUCCCGAGGUGGUGGGCAGACAGCGAUAUGGCAGGCCUGUGGACUGCUGGGCAACAGGUGUCAUCAUGUACAUACUGCUGUCAGGCAACCCUCCUUUCUAUGAUGAAACUGAUGACGAUGAUUAUGAAAACCAUGACAAAAACCUGUUCCGAAAGAUCCUGGCAGGCGAUUAUGAGUUUGACUCUCCGUACUGGGAUGACAUCUCUGAUUCAGCAAAGAGUCUCGUUGCUCGUCUGAUGGAGGUGGAUCAAGACCAGAGACUGACAGCCCAGGAGGCUAUAAACCAUGAAUGGAUCUCUGGUGGUGCAGCUUCAGAUAAGAACAUCAAGGAAAAUGUGUGUGCACAAAUAGAGAAGAACUUUGCCAGAGCUAAAUGGAAGAAAGCUGUGCGAGUCACCACCAUCAUGAAGAGACUGAGAGCACCUGAGCACAGUGACUCGAGGGCAACCAGCCCAGCAGCCGGUGCCCCAGCAGACCCCACAGCUCCCCAGGCUGCCACCGACCCCUCCGCACCUUCAUCUGCCGCGACACCCGAGGGAGCGCCUGCUUCUGUCACAGACGUCCCUGCCGGAGUGGAGAUAAGCCAACCGGUGCCAGAGGCCGGAGUUGGGGUGGCAGCCGCCGAGCCCCAGCAGCCGAGCCCGGCACCACAAGAGGCUGAGCCCACAUCACGUUGUAAUGGAGAAGCUUCGACUGCUGUCCAUGCAGCCACCGAGGCCGGAGACGAGCAGGGUUAG